AUGUCUCCAGAGUAUGCGCUGGAAGGUUUAUUCUCAGUGAAAUCAGAUGUGUAUAGUUUUGGAGUAAUUUUACUUGAGAUCAUUGGUGGUAAGAGAAACACUGCUGGGUUUUACCGAUCCGAAGAAAUCCUGAGUCUUCUAGGCUAUGCAUGGAGAUUGUGGCAAGAAAACAAAGCAAUGGAUUUAGUUGACAAGAAAUUAUUGGAAUCAUGCAAUGGAACUGAAGUCGUGAAGUGCAUAAACAUAGGUCUGUUGUGUGUACAGGAUGAUCCUAGUGAUCGUCCCACAAUGUCUAAUGUUGCAAAUAGACUCAUCUGGAGUGAAUAUGAUGGCAAUGGCUAUAUGUCUCCAGAGUAUGCAGUAAAAGGUUUUUUCUCGGUGAAGUCAGAUGUCUUUAGUUUUGGAGUAAUUUUACUUGAAAUUAUUAGUGGCAAGAGAAACUCUGCUGGAUUUUACCAGUCUGAAGGAGCCCUUAGUCUUCUAGGCUAUGCAUGGAGAUUGUGGCAAGAAAGGAAAUCAAUCGAUUUUGUUGACAAGAAAAUACUGGAAUCAUGCAACGAAACUGAGGUUAUCAAAUGCAUCAACAUUGGCCUGCUGUGUGUACAGGAUGACCCUAGUGAACGUCCCUCAAUGUCUGACAUUCUUAUUAUGCUCAGUAGCGAAACAGCAGCUCUUCCGAAUCCUAAUCAACCUGCUUUUGUGGUGAGAAGACACACUUCUAAAACACCUGCACGAGAGGACAGAUGUUAA